AUGUUGGCCAGUUCCUUCAAGAGGAUGGCUCGCAACGCCGCAGCCGCAAGCAAAAGAACCCAAUCAAUCUCAAGGCAUCUCACGUCUAUGACCUCGGCGUCGUCCGAGUCUUCGGAGCAGCCCCCGGUUCUGUUCGAAAGCAAGCUUGCCAUGAGAAAAUAUACUCUGAACCGCCCGGAAAAACUCAAUGCCCUUGAUGAAUCCAUGCUUGACCUUCUACGACCAAAAAUCGAGGAGUGGAAUCAAUCAGAACUUUGUGGGUCCGUCGUCGGCAGCGGCGUCGGUCGUGGGUUUUGCGCUGGUGGUGAUGUCGUCAAUGUCGUCGAGAAUGCCGCGGAACCUAGCACACGACACAAAUCUAUAGAAUUCUUCCAGAAGGAGUUCGAAACGGAUUACAUUUUAGCAGCUCUGAAGAAGCCGUAUGUUGUUAUAAUGGAUGGCUUUACAAUGGGGGGCGGCGUGGGUCUUGCCGUGCACGCUCCUUUCAGAGUGUCCACAGAGAAGACCGUCUUCGCCAUGCCCGAGACAAAAAUUGGGUACUGUCCCGACGUCGGUGCCAGUUACUUCUUGUCCAGGCUUGACGGAGAGAUAGGCACAUAUCUCGGCCUCACAUCUCAGAUGCUGGGUGGUCGUGAUGUCUUUGAAUCCGGCUUGGCCACGCAUUAUAUCCCCUCGCGGCGCGUUCCCGUCCUCUUACAGCGACUGGAAGCUCUGGAAAGCCCUUCCCAUGAUGCAAUCAACAAUGUCAUCGAGGAGCUAUCGGAGGAACGGCAACCUAAUGAAUCCCUUCCUCGGUUGUCGGGUAACGUUCGAUCAGCUCUGGACUCUGCGUUUGGGCAUAACAAAGUGGAAGACAUCAUGAAAGACUUGGAGGCCUUUUCCAUGGAUGGAAAUACUGAAAUCCGAGCUUGGGCUGAAGAAACGCUUGCCGCGAUGAACAUGCGCAGCCCGACCAGCCUCAAGGUCGCACUUGAGGCCAUCCGAAAAGGGAAACAGUUGUCACUCCUCGAAGCCCUCAACAUGGAACUCAAAAUAGCCACCGCGUACUGCAAUGGAGCCAGUCCAGACUUCGCAACAGGCGUUCGGGCAGUACUCGUCGAAAAGAUCAAAACGCGGCCUGCUUGGUCGCCAUCUCGCCUCGAGGAUGUCUCACCAGCGGAUGUUGCAAAGUUCUUCUCCCGCGAUUCGGCGUAUCUAACUUCUGCACCGCGUUUGACACUUCCGGGCCAUCUCGCCACUACACUUUCGAAUCCUAUGCAAUAUGCAUUGCCAUCUGAGGAGGAGAUUGGUUCCGUUGUUCGUGGCUCUCACAAGUCAGGAGGUUCUAAGGGGCUACGUUUGGACGAGUUGAUCGCGAGAUUUGAAGACCUGCGCGGUGGUAAGAUGGGUGUUAAGGAGAAGGUCACGGAGGUUGCAAGUCGUAAGUGCGAGGUUGUUGAUAACGCCGAUGGUAACUUCGUAUGGCUCAAGUGGAAGUAUCCUGCGAAACGGAGCGCAUAA